GCCCGCGGCUCCGCGCCUGCGCCUUGCGCGCCAGGACGCGGCGAUGGCGGCUGCGGCAGUGGCAGCCCCCGAGGUCCUUCGGGAAUGCGGCUGCAAGGGCAUCCGGACCUGUCUGAUCUGCGAGCGGCAGCGCGGAGGGGACCCGCCCUGGCAGCACCCACCGCAGAAAACACACCGUUUCAUUUACUACUCUGACACUGGCUGGGCCGUGGGGGCCGAGGAGUCUGACUUCGAAGGCUGGGCCUUCCCCUUCCCGGGUGUGACGGUGAUAGAGGACUUCGUGACCCGGGAGGAGGAGGCCGAGAUGGUGCAGCUCAUGGACCGGGAGCCCUGGAAGCCCUCACAGUCUGGACGGAGGAAGCAGGACUACGGCCCCAAAGUCAACUUUCGGAAGCAGAAGCUAAAGACCGCUGGCUUCAGAGGCCUCCCCAGCUUCAGCCGGGAGGUGGUGCGGAGGAUGGGCCUCUACCCCAUCCUGGAGGACUUCCGGCCUGUGGAGCAGUGCAACCUGGACUACUGCCCGGAGCGCGGCUCGGCCAUUGACCCCCACCUGGACGACGCCUGGCUGUGGGGGGAGCGGCUGGUGAGCCUCAACCUCCUGUCCCCCACGGUGCUCUCCAUGUCCCGGGAGGCGCCCGGCAGCCUGCUGCUCUGCUUGGCCCCGUCGGGCUUCCCAGAGGCCUUGGUGGAAGGUGUGAUGGCCCCCAGCAGGUCCGUCCUGUGCCAGGAGGUGGAGGUGGCCGUGCCCUUGCCCUGCCGCUCUCUGCUCGUGCUCACGGGAGCCGCGCGCCACCAGUGGAAGCACGCCAUCCACCGGCGACACAUCCAGGCCCGCCGCGUGUGUGCCACCUUCAGGGAGCUGUCGGCUGAGUUCUGUCCUGGCGGGAAGCAGCAAGAACUGGGGCAGGAGCUCCUGCAAAUCUCUCUCUCCUUCCAAGGGAGGCCCAUGUGAGCCGCCUGCCAGGGACAGGAGCUGGCGCAGGGUGUGGCCGGGGCCACCGGCGCCAGAGUUGACCACGUGCCAGGGCUGAGGGGGAGCCCGGCACUGGGGCCUUUCUUCCCAGCUCACUGGGUUUAGAGAGGAGACUGCACGACCCCCUGAGGCCACGGCAGUGGGAACCCUGCCCGGGCACUGGUUUUGAUGGGUCUCUCAGGUCAGUCCCCUUUGACCUGCACCAUGGCCACUUGUUCGAGUUAUUUAAUUUGUCACAUUUUGAGGGCAGUGGCAUAAUUUGAGCUUAAAAAUCAUUGGCACCACUUAAAACCCUCUCCUUUAUCUGCCUCUAACACGGUUUUCCAACGUCC